GAGCGUGUCCCGGACUCAGCCGGCCCACGGCAACGCCCUCCUUUCUCCACGUGGCGCGACCAGCGCCGGUGCGCCUAGGGUGCAGCUCCGGGGAGGCCUGGUAGCCGCUGGCGAGGGAUGGGGGAGGAGGCAGCGGCAGCAGGCUGGGGCGGGCACGUCCAGACGGAGCUGAGCUGCGAUGGAAUUAGUCCCGCGACUGAAUAAGCCAGAGCAGACGCCAGAGCAGCCCCAGCAGCGGGGCAGUCCCGGUUUCCUGCCCUGCGCGCCCGCACCAUGGCCACCCCCGGGCUGAGCGGUAUCUCCCUGCUCCCUGGCUCGCCACGCCGGCUGUGCCCCCGGGCAGUGGUCAGAGGGGGCCAGGGCCCCAAACACGGACAGCAAUGCCUCCAGGUGCCGCGUCCCGGAGCCCGGGGUCUCCAGGGCAGUCUCACCCGACGUUCCAGCCAGGCGUCCGGUGGAGGGAGGUCCCCAAACAGCUCUGUCAUCAAGAACUAUCUGGAGGCCUGCGAGCCGCUGUCCUCGGAGCCCCGUCUGAGCCGCCUGCACUUCCACGACAACCAAAGGAAGGUCGACUACGUGCUCGUCUAUCACUACCGGAAACGCGGGGCGCACCCCGACCACGGCUCCCCUGGCCACUCGCUGGCGAUCGUCUCUAAUGGCGAGACGAGCAAGGACCCCGACGCGGGGGCUCCCGGUGACAUUGAGCCGGGGCCGCUCGACGCCCUGGAGGAGGAGAGGAAGGAGCAGCGGGAGGAGUUUGAGCACAACCUGCUGGAGGCCGGGCUGGAGCUGGAGAAGGACUUGGAGAGUAAAAGCCAGGGCUCCGUCUUUGUCCGGAUCCACGCCCCAUGGCAAGUGCUGGCCCGAGAGGCGGAAUUCUUGAAGAUCAAAGUUCCCACCAAGAAAAGGUACGUGAUCAAGUCAGAAGGCAGCAUCGCGAAGACGUUCAACGAGAUCCUGCAGAAGCUGAGCGCACCCCUGAAGCCCCGAGUGCCCGAGCACAGUAACGACAGGAUGAAAAACCUCUCCUACCCGUUCUCCAGGGAGAAAAUGUACCUGUACAACAUUCAGGACGAGGACACCUUCUUUGAUAGUGCUACCCGUAGCCGCAUUGUACACGAGAUCCUGAAGCGCACCACCUGCUCUCGAGCCAACAACAUGAUGGGUAUUAAUUCUCUGAUAGCAAAUAAUAUCUACGAGGCUGCCUACCCCCUGCACGACGGUGAAUAUGAUAGUCCAGGAGAUGAUGUGAAUGACAGAAAGCUGCUGUAUCAAGAAUGGGCACGCUAUGGGGUGUUUUAUAAGUUUCAGCCUAUUGACCUCAUCAGAAAGUAUUUUGGAGAAAAAAUUGGGCUGUACUUUGCCUGGCUGGGAUUAUAUACAUCCUUCCUCAUCCCAUCAUCCGUCAUCGGGGUCAUCGUGUUUCUUUAUGGAUGUGCCACGAUGGAAGAAGAUAUUCCCAGCAAAGAGAUGUGUGACCAACAGAAUGCCUUCACCAUGUGUCCCCUGUGUGACAAGUCCUGUGACUACUGGAACCUCAGCUCGGCCUGUGGAACGGCGCGGGCCAGCCACCUGUUUGACAACCCUGCCACUGUCUUCUUCUCCAUCUUCAUGGCUCUGUGGGCUACCAUGUUUCUUGAAAACUGGAAGAGAUUACAGAUGCGACUAGGCUACUUCUGGGAUCUGACUGGCAUAGAAGAGGAAGAAGAGCACCCCCGGCCUGAGUAUGAAACCAAAGUUCGGGAGAAGAUGCUGAGGGAGAGCGACAAGUCUCCGGUCCAGAAACUGGGAACCGGUGGGACUGAGGAUGCGGAUGAUGAAGACAAGCUGACCUGGAAAGAUCGUCUCCCAGGUUACUUGGUGAACUUCGCCUCCAUCUUGUUCAUGAUUGCCCUGACGUUCUCCAUUGUCUUCGGGGUCAUUGUCUAUCGCAUCACAACUGCUGCUGCUCUGUCGCUCAACAAGGCCACACGCUCCAACGUCCGGGCGACUGUGACAGCCACGGCGGUCAUCAUCAACCUCGUGGUCAUCCUCAUCCUGGAUGAGAUUUACGGUGCCGUGGCCAAGUGGCUCACCAAAAUCGAGGUUCCAAAAACAGAGAAGACAUUUGAAGAGCGCCUGGUACUCAAGGCUUUCUUGCUAAAGUUUGUCAAUGCCUACUCACCCAUCUUCUAUGUGGCCUUUUUCAAGGGGAGGUUUGUGGGCAGACCUGGAAGCUACGUUUAUGUGUUUGACGGUUACCGCAUGGAAGAGUGCGCCCCUGGGGGCUGCCUCAUGGAGCUGUGCAUUCAACUCAGCAUCAUCAUGUUGGGGAAGCAGUUGAUCCAGAACAACAUCUUCGAGAUUGGAGUCCCGAAGCUAAAGAAAUUAUUUCGGAAGCUGAAAGGUGAGACAGAGCCUGGACAAGCUGACUCCGCCUGUUCAAAGCACCCAGAGCAGUGGGAUCUAGACUACAGCCUGGAACCGUACACUGGACUGACGCCAGAGUACAUGGAAAUGAUCAUCCAGUUUGGUUUUGUCACCCUCUUUGUGGCCUCCUUUCCUCUGGCGCCGGUGUUCGCCCUCCUCAACAACGUCAUUGAAGUGCGGCUGGAUGCGAAGAAGUUCGUUACGGAGCUGAGGCGGCCAGAUGCUGUGCGAACCAAAGAUAUCGGGAUUUGGUUUGACAUCCUCUCGGGCAUCGGCAAGUUCUCUGUUAUCAUCAACGCUUUUGUCAUCGCGAUCACCUCUGACUUCAUUCCCCGCCUGGUGUAUCAGUACUCCUACAGUCACAACGGGACUCUGCAUGGCUUUGUCAACCACACCCUCUCCUUCUUCAACGUCAGCCAGCUGAAGGAGGGAACGCAGCCCGAGAACUCACAGUUUCACCAGGAGGUUCAGUUCUGCAGGUUUAAGGAUUACCGGGAGCCGCCCUGGGCCCCAAACCCCUAUGAGUUUUCCAAGCAGUACUGGUCCGUUCUGUCUGCCCGUCUGGCUUUUGUCAUAAUCUUCCAGAACCUGGUGAUGUUCCUGAGCGUCCUUGUGGAUUGGGUGAUCCCUGACAUCCCCACCGACAUCAGUGACCAGAUCAAGAGGGAGAAGAGCCUGUUUGUGGACUUCUUCCUGAAAGAGGAGCAGGAGACGCUCAGGCCGACGGAGGAGCCUGCCUGGAGGAGCCAGCGCGCCGGCCGUCGCAGUGGGGGCAGCCCGGCAGCCAGCCUGGUGCCCUCGGGCCGGAGCCAGCCGGGCAGCAGCUCGUCCCCGGGGUCCCAGCACACCAGUGUGUGAGCAGCUGAGACCAGCCCGGGGCUGCGCACCCGCAUGGGUGCGGUGUCCGUCCUUCCGCAGGAUCUGGCCUGAGGGGCUCUUGAAAAGGGCGUGUGUGUGCGUGUGUGUGUGCGCGCGUGUGGACAGAGGUUAGAGACAGGAGGCAGAGGAUGGGCGCGGGAGGGAAGAGAAUGACGCUGCUUCUCAGAAACUUCAAGCUUGGGUUUCUUUUAGGUCCUCUUUUGAGCUGUAUCCUUUGGGCGAUUGGUACCCCCUUUUGCAUCCAUUGGUGAAAGAAUUGGGUCUCUCCAGCCCAGAGUCCCAGGCACCGCGAGCCCUGCCCUGUGCCCCCUCGGAUACCGUCCCCGAAUUUCGGUGGCCGCGGGCCAUGAGAAGCACAGUCCGGGCCCUGUUUCAGCCCCAUCAUAAGUGAUCACCACCCCCGCUUCCUACCAUCACCCUGAGAAAACCCUCUGCAUCACUGUCACAGCCUCAGUGGAUGCAAAUUAAGUUCCGUGGCUGAUUGCUGUGGCCUCUGGACCUAAUGGUGAGCAAAGGUCCAGACCUGGGCUUGUCUCCCGUUCAUGUCAUGGGGAUGCUUUGAGCUGAAUGCAGCUAGCCAUCAUUUUAUGCAGGUUCAGGUUUAAAAUAAUAAAUGGAAACAUUCUUUAAAAAGAUGCA